AUGCCCAAGGGAAAGAUCGUAAUUGAUCCUGACAGCGAGGAUGACCGAACCGCUGCUCUUACAGUACCACAUCUCCCAACCCCCAAUGCGGCCAUCCAGCCAAGCUCAAACCCCCUUUCCUCCGUAUCUAUUUUGUUACGAUCCGCACAAUCAAGCUUAGCGCAAAACUUCCGUGGAAAGAAAGGCAUUCCGUUUGCCCAAGACAUCUGGAGCAUCAUUGAGCGAGAUCCUGCCAGCUUCCAUAUCCCAGACAAAGCUCCAGCUCUUUCCGCCUUCUAUGCAGGCAAGGGAACGACACAAGGAUAUGGAAUCAAAGGUCGGGCCACAGACCAUUUCCACGCCGACACCGACACCGACAUGAAAGUCCACUGCCUCAUCAGGGAGAACGACCUUGAUGUGAUCACACUCGUGCCUUAG